AUGGUACCGUGGCUCAAAGUGGCCGUCGGCUCUGCUCUCGCCCUCAAUUUCUCCAUACCGCUGUUGGUGAUCGGUCGGACCAAGACACUGCAUGACGAGCCGAUGGCACUGCUCGUGGCAAACCUGGCGCUCGCCGACAUACUGUUUGUGCUGAAUCUGGUGCUGAUCGGUUGUCUGGACCUCAUUUUUAACCACGUCCUGUAUGCAGCCUGCCAGUCCGUUCAGAUCGCUGCCGCCUGUUUCGGAAUCGCUCUGAAGAUGACGCAGACGCUGGUCGCCCUCGACCAGUUCAUCGCCGUCGUCUAUCCGCUGCAUUACCGCGACAUCAUGGACCGCUGGACGAAGUGGCUGCUUGUUCUGCCUUGGCUGGCUGUCCUGUUUACGGCUGUGCUGUUGGUGAUCGGCCGGACCAACACACUGCAUGACGAGCCGACGGCGCCGCUCGUGGCGAACCUGGCGCUCGCCGACCUACUGUGUGUCAUGAGUGUGCUGCUGAUUGGUAUCGUGGACCUCAUUUUUAACCGCGUGCUGUACGUAGGCUGUCGCUUCGUUCAGAUCGCAGCCGCCUGUUUCGCAAUUGCUCUGAAGAUGACGCAGAUGUUGGUCGCCCUCGACCAGUUCAUCGCCGUCGUCUAUCUGCUGCAUUACCGCGACAUCAUGGACUUGUUCGCGUGUCUGGGCUUCCUGUCGCCGGUCAACCGCGGCUCGCUGAUGACCUGUGGCCUCAUGCUGUGCGUCUGUCUGGGUACACCCGCCGGUUACGUGUCCGCCCGAAUCUACAAGUCGGAAAGUGACGGCGAGAAGUGGGGACUCGACGUGCUGCUGACGUUGACUCUGUGCCUGGGGUGA